UAUUUGUCGACGAUAACACGGGGAAACAACCAGAAUGGCUGAUCUAUCAGAUAAAUUAGAAGCAGACGUUGCACAAAGAGAGAACGCCGUUACAUUAUUGGAUGGUCAUGUAGAGAACAAGGGCGGAAAUUCUAAAUCGUCAGCAGUUAAUGAAUUCCUCCUGCAACUUAAGAAUGACAAGCUAUUUCAAAGGAAAUUUAUUAUUUUUCUUUGCCUGUGUUACGCCUUUCUUGUAUUGGGUCUGAAUAUCGGUCAGUUUGGACCAACUCUUUUGGAUCUGCAGAUGAUAACAGGAUGUAGCUUAGAUCAAGCAUCAUAUUUCUUUAAUGCCCAUACCAUUGGAUAUCUAAUAUCUUCAGUGUUGACCGGCAUUAUGUUCGAAAGAUUCAACAAGCUGUUGCAGAUGUUCUUUCCAAUUUUUAUAUUGUCCGGGGUAGUUGCAGCUAUUCCGUGGUGCGUUAUAUAUGAAGCUAUGGUCACCAUACAUUUUUUUAAAGGUUGUUGUUUGGGAUUUCUUGAUGCAGUUGGUAAUGCUAUCUUGCUGCAUAUAUUUGCACAGACUGUGAAGACAUAUAUACAAAUUUUACAUUUCACCUUUGCCUUUGGAGGAAUUCUUUCACCUAUCAUAUCGGCAUCAUUUUUAUCGUCUCGGAAUCAAAACAAUGAUGUAAGCUUCAAUAAAUCCGAAGUCAAGAUUCAUAACGAAAACACAACUCUACCUUUUGCAGUAAACUUAACACUACAACAGUCCAAUGUGUCAUUUAAUAUAUUUGAAGUUUUCAGUCAAAACGAAUAUGACAGAGGUAACGGAGAUUCAGAAGUGUACAAAGCAUAUACAAUAAUUGCGUUCAUAUCAUUGUCUUCUGCCAUUCCUUUCCUAGUGCUUUACAUUCUCAAUAAUGAAUCGAGUUGUCCCACGUCACAAAUUCAAAUUGAGGAAGAAAAAAAAGAAGCCAUACCGUUUCGUUUACGAAUAUCUGUGUUGGUUAUAUUAGCUUUUAUAAUUGCUUUUUAUACUGCGGUGGAAGACACAUAUGCGGGUUUUUUGAUGACUUUCACCGUAAAGCAUUUAAAAUGGACAAAAGCGCAAGGAUCAUUUGCAACGUCAGUUUUUUGGACUUCAUUUGCCGUUGGAAGAUUUUCUGGUAUUUUUAUUGUAAAUAUAUUCAGACAAGCUAGAUUAUUACGGGUGUACAGUUUGCUGAUAAUUGCAGCAUUUAUUUGCUUGCUAGUAACAUCAUUAAAUCUUAUUGGCGAAGGUGUUUGGGUGGCAUCUGUCAUAGCAGGAUUUGCUAUGUCAAUCUUUUUUCCAAUUUUUUUUUCAUGGACGGAAGAAAAAUUCUUCCAUGUUGACGGUAAAAUGACCGCAUUGAUCAUGACAUGUGCAAUGAUAGGUGUGAUUGUCAACCCAAUUAUCCUUGGCAGAAAAAUGAAGACCGCACCGAUUUGGUUUGGCUAUAUUUUGUUAGUAGAAAGUGUAAUGCUAUUUUUAUGUUUUAGCAUUGGAGAAUACAUAGCAAAGUUGAUAAAAUGUUCUAAGCAAAAGUCGCAUUUUGAAAGAGAAACCAUGAUAGAGUUAGAGACUAUUGAUCCACUUGUUAGUGAUAAUAAAAUUUAAUGUUC